GAUUUUUUCUGUGAAUUUAGUGAACAUUCACCAUGUGUUCUUUCAAGAUCUCUGUUACAAAGACUCACGGGAACCAAGGACAAGAUUCGAUUGUGCCAAUGUCUUGACUGGAGGAAGAAGGGGAACUUAACCCUUUUUCUACAGGAAAUAUGAUCAAAGUACAUCGUAUGUACUUUGGAAAUGUCAUAAUUAAAACCAUUAUUUUGUCCAACUGUGAUACACAAAUAAAAAGUGGGGGUGGGCUAGGUCAAGGGUAUUUAGAGGCCAAUACACAAACAGAAAGGAAUACAAUUUUGUUUGCUCUGUGUAAUCCUUUUAAAACUUCAAUGAGUGGCUAACAGGAUUAAAGUUAUAGAGUUCCAAGUGGCUCCAAUACUGGGAUGCGUGUGAGAUAUUCAGGAAAAAAAAAAAUUAGUUCAUACAGUUACAGCUGCUUUUGUUAAGGUAGAAAAAAGCCCCAUAAGAUUAACGACUCAAAAAAUAAAAAUUCCUGGCUUGGUUGGAAUCUUAACUUUCCAGUUUCUGCAGGUCAAUCACCUGGUCAUAGGACCACCCCAAGGAAGGUAGGUUCACCUUAAGUUAGGCUAAGGAGAUGGGAGAAUACCUAGUGUGUUAAUGAGAUAGUGAAUUUUGCUUGCUCAGAAUCCUGCCUCCUACUGCAGUUCUCGUGGAUCUGGGUCGCAGACAGGUUGGCUCUCUGUAAGUCCUGCUGAUUUUCUGAAUUCUUCAGAAAAGUAGAAUUAUUCUCCUUUUCUUCUUCAUAUGUCUUUUCUCAGUAUCCUUUCCCUAAUGCUUUGGGCUGCCCCAGCAGCUUGUAUUUCUUUACU